AAAAUUAUUGUUUAUUAUUUAUGACGAAGUCGAAGAAGAAGCAUCUUUUUGUAAACAAAGGUUUCUUCAUGUUUCAUUUGGGCAAAGAUUUGGAUUUCAUGAUUCAUCAGAAGUUUCUCCAAAUUAAACUGAUUUUUGAAGAAAUAUGAAGCAUUUUCAGUGUACUCUCGAUUCGGAUACAAAUACAAGUCUUGAAUUAUAUCUUUUCAAAAAUGUUCAAAACGUUGAAGACAUAAGAAGCAAUAUAAUACAAGGAAUUUGGAAAUGUGCUGUUAUCAAACCCACACUAAUUUUAAACCCAUUUCAAGUAGCCGUUGCUGCAAAUCGAGCUGUGCUCUCCGAAAAAUCGAAUUCUUUGGUUACAAAAACUGUAUACUCCGAAAUUUUAUAUAACCUAUCAAUUUCCAAAAAUAUAUCUCAAAGUCUGAGUAAGUUCGGUAUUGAAAAAGAAGAUUCUAUACUGGUAUGUUUCUUGAGCGAAGAAAACAGAGAAGAUGUUUUAAAACAAAUAGAAGGUGAGCAGUGUGAUAUAUGUGAACUAUCCCAGUUCACAAAUGAGAAGGAUUUGAAGUCAACAUACAAACUGAAUAAUAUUAAAGGUGAUUGUGACCUAUUGGACGUUAUUGUAAGCAGAAUAGUGACAAAGAAUUUUGUUUCGUUUUAAUGAACAGUGCAGAGUACUAAUUAAUGUUAUUCCUGUAAGGUGUUGUAAGAAUUAUACUUACUUUUUUAAUGUA